CUUACAAUAAACGAUUUCAUCUACGCCCACCAAUUAUAAUUUAUUCACGAUUGACUUUUUAUCAGCUGGAUUGAUUAAAGCACCAUUCAGUAUUGGUGGCUCCGAUAAAAUCUUUUAACUGUUUAUGAUAAACUUUAUGGACUUUCUCAAUUUCAUCUAUUGUCGUCUAACCUUUGCUCUGCUUUGUUCUGAGAUCAGGUUAUUUUUCUUGAGCCAUCUGUAGCCCGUGCUGCUUUUAAAGGUUUAGCAUACAAGCGUUACAAGGACGCUCCGUUAUAUUUGGAAUGGGCUCCUGACAAUAUUCUUAGUCAAAAUCCAAUGGAUGGCAAUGUGAAGGACGAGAAAGUUGGUGAAGGUGAUGCUAGGAGGGUGAUUUUGGAGCAGGCAGUGGAUGGAAUAUCAGAUGUUGAUUUUGACCCUGACAGGGUUGAGUCACGAUCUCUUUUCGUCAAGAACCUCAAUUUUAAAACGUCUGACGAAAGUUUGAGAAAGCAUUUUAGUGAACACAUGAAAGGGGGAAGAAUAUUGAGCGCCAAGGUAAAGAAGCAUAUAAAAAAAGGACAGCAUGUUUCAAUGGGUUUUGGAUUUUUGGAAUUUGAUUCAGUGGAGACUGCCACAAGUGUCUGCAGUAAUUGGCAG